AUGCUCUAUGGAACGACAGCUGAAGAUUAUGAUGCAGAGGACCAUCCGGAAAUCGAACUAUGCUCAUCCGUGUCUCAGUUGAUACAUCACUAUCUACCGGAAAACAUGGAAUGUGUGCUCAAAGACAAAAUCUAUGGAGCGCUACAUGCCAUUCUGGAGGAUUGUCAGGCAAGCCCUGAUGUCAAGAUAGAUGAAAUGCCGCUAUUCAAUAAGACUGUUUCCAAGCUCCUCGACUUGUCGAAUAGCAUUCGCAUUGGGAUGCAUGGCGCAGAGGACCGUGUUCCCCUACUUGAAUCCCACAUGGACUCCUUAGAGGAGCUGUGCUAUGCAAUUAGCGGCAUGCAUUCCUUCUUACAAGACGCUGUUAGAGAUAAGGAUUACUCAUCAGGGUCUACUGCCAGCGCUCCUGUUUCCCUAUCCAGUGACCCGGCACCUACAACCGUAUUGUCGGAUGAUGGUCUAAGCACAGGUUCUGACGGUUCGAGGAGCAGCGUUGCUGACUUGGAAGGUGGUGGCAAAAGUGUUUCUUCUAGAUCUAGUCAUGACUUGACCCAUUCAGACCCAGAGCAAUGGAGUGAAUUUGACAAAGGCAAGGGUUGGCCGGAUCUCGAAGAGGAAGAGCGUCAUAGGAACAUCGUUUUGAAAGAUUUCCAGAAGGUUGAGAGAUGCUUGAAGCUCUGCAAACUAUCAAUCAUCUGCCUUUUGGGGGAGACAAAGCCUCUUCUUGGAUAUGAUGAUUAUCUCGCCGUCCGUCCAACUCGAAUUGCCUCUUCAAUACUGGAGCAUGCAUCUCGGGGAUUGCGUGACCCGAGUACUGAGAUACCUAUGCGCCUUGAUCAAGUCUACCAGGACUAUCAUUCUCAGCUGAGCUUGAAAGUCCGCGACAAGCCUUCUCGGGCCUUGCUUGUUGAGCUUGACCUUUUCGAGGAAGAGCUAGAUAGCAUCCUCAAAAUAAUCCAAAAGCAACAACGUAGGAUGGAAGAGUUUAUGUCCUUGGCCAGGGAGAUCGAACAAUCCUCGCCGCGAGACUCCGUGCAUGUACUCCAAAACGCGCUCCGUGAUCUCGAUGAGAAGAAGGCGAUGUACCAAGAAUUGAAUUCCAGCAUUGAGAAGCUUAGAAGAAGGGUUGUACGACAAAUCGAUCUGCGACAAGACAACAACAGCAAAGCCAUCCUGGUGUUUACCAUUGUGACCCUCAUAUUCCUGCCAAUGUCGUUCAUCACCAGCUAUUUUGGUAUGAACACAGUCGAUAUCCGGGAUAUGGACCUCGGGCAGUCGGUCUUCUGGGCUGUUGCUGCGCCUUUCACAACCUUGACUGUUGGGGUUUGCAUGUUGAUUGCCUAUCAGGGCGAUCGGCUGCGUGAGGCUGUCAUUCAGGCUUUGGUUGGGAGUCAGAAAGGAAGGGGGGCUCUUCGGUGA